GCGCUCUCCCACAGUACAGCCCACAACUCACCCAAAGACAUGGCUCGAACUUACAAGUGAGUUGGUAUAAGAAGAUCGGCGCAGGGGAAGAGUUAUCAAACUUCGAAGUUGUAGAACCACAGAGCAGCUCCUCUGAAUUCUUUUAGAAGCUUCACCAGGCAUCAGGAGCAGAACGUCAUCUUGCGGACCUCCGUUUCCUCCUGCCUUUCAUUCAAGACCCGACUGGUAACCGCCGGCGCAAUGACUAUGUUGCUACUACUGAGGAUAGCGCUGCUCGUGACGGCGUUAGCGACAGCUUCCAAUGGCCUGAAUGUUGGUGUGUCCGAUGGCAUGCAAAGACAGUGGUCGUUCAUCCCUGCGCCACAGGGUGCACCUCAAUCCAGCGUGCACAGAGCUUUCCAGUUCAAGGCUGGCACUCCCAGAAUGUGCAGAUAUGUCAACAGUCGUGAGGACAUGAUCAGCGCAAUGCGUCCGGCGUGCACCCAAGGUGGCUGCUUCACCGUAUCCACCGCCGUGCGCGUCGAGAGCCGGCAUCCGCAGACCAUGCUGAGCAUCACGCUGCCCGGAUCGCAUUUCGCCAUCAGGUUCCGCCGGAACACUGAGGUAGGAAUGGGUGAUGAGUCUGAUGAGUCUGAUGAUGCUCAUCAUGAUCAUGAUACUAGCUUUCAGCUCAGGGUUCGCUACACUUCCAACGACACGUCGGACUACUGGCAUCGGUUUCUCUAUCAGUUCCGCCCGGACGUGUGGUACAACCUGGCCAUCACCAUCUGCCCGACGGCGCAGCGUGUUAUGAUGCGCGUCGACUGCAACCUGGUGUACAACGAGACCACACCGAGGCCGGUGGUGUGCAGCACGAACUUUGUACGCGGCACGGUAUGCGUGGGAGGAGAUAGCCUUGCCAAUGAAGGAUUCAUGGGUUCGGUGCAGAACCUACGAAUCAACGACGAUGACUUGCCUGAAGUGUGCAAAUCAACAACUCCUGCGACCAGAGAACUCCAGUGCCAAGCAGAGAAGACCGUCCUGUCCAGCCGCCUUGGUGCCUGCCAGAGAGACCUGUGGAAGUGCAAGUGGAAUGGCGCGGACAAGAUGCACGGCGAAAGCUGGGACGACAGGGCUUCCUGCGCGUCGUGCCGCUGCAACAAAACCCUAGUUCUCUGUCAGCAGAUGACAUGCGGCACAAGGCCCGGAUGUACCGGACACCGCAUGAGGCUGGCCGAGGCCGACCCAGCACACGGAGAAUGCUGCCCAUACUGCACCAAAAUGCUGGCUCAACACGACCCUAACGGCUGUCGACUCAAUGGCCAGCACUACUUCAACGGCUCCACUAUCCCGCGCGUCAUCCAGAACCCAUGCAAUCCGCACUGCUUCUGUAUGCGUGGACGUAAUCACUGCCCAUCGGUGAGAAACCAGUGUCCCCCGGUGCCAUCGUCAUGCCAACGUGUCCACACUCCGGCAAACAAGUGCUGUCCAGAAUGCCUCACUUAUGACAAGUGCGCUGUGGAGCGGCCCUGUGGUGACCCUCACUACUCUAUAUGCUACAAUCUCAGCAGUGGGAGGACGUUCUGCCUGCCCCAGUGCAUCCGUGGAGGAGUGAAAAUCGCUGGAAAGUGCCAUAAAAGACCGCCCGGUACCGCAUAAGGUGCGGUGUAGGCAUGUUGCUGUCGUCACAAGACCGUGAAACUGACUGGCCCGGCCUUGCCAGCAUGACCCUGAGCUGGCGGCGAUAGUAACAGAGACGUGAUUCGGCGAUCAACUGGAGGCUGGACUUCAAGCCGGAUUCUUAGCGGAUACCACAGAAGAUGAACCAUUCUCUUGCCGUCUGUCACACUCACUCUCGCACUCCCUUUCUUGCCCUCUCUCAACUGUAUAGACAUAAUCAUGUGCGUGCAUGGAAUAACGUUAUGUAACAAUACUGAGCUUGAGCCACUAUACUCGUGUUGAAUUCUGUAACAAAGUAUCACUUUUUUCUCUCUAAAGCCAUGACAAUGAGCAGCUAUUAUAGUUCUUGACAUAAUGAAAUAGCAUACAUGGUAGUGGCUGGAUUAGCGACUGACCACGCAUGCAUGAAAGAACCGUAUUAUUAUACAUUGCCAUUUGGAUGUGAUACUUUUGCAUAACAGAGUUCAACGUUUUAACGAUUAUGGGAAGAAAUGUUGUUUUCUCUUCUGUUUUCCCUCCCCUGCACAACAAUGAUAAGUAGCAGGAAGCUGUUUUAAAACGGUAUUUUUUUAACGAAUCCCUGGUACUUGUAAGUAGUGUAUAGUCAUGCAUUUUGAAUCACAACGGGAACAACUCUCUGACUGAAUCUGAGCUCUCCAACUAA